GGGACGGGGCGUGGCAGGGCUCACUCGCGGGCUGCGUGGGGCUCACCGAGCCCGGGAACGCAGGUUUCGGGGGGGUGGGAACGCGCAGCCCUGGGGCCGGGCGGCUGCGUGCGGAGAUGGCGGCGCGAUGGAGCAGCGAGAACGUGGUGGUAGAGUUCCGCGACUCGCAGGCAACCGCAAUGUCCGUGGACUGUCUGGGGCAGCAUGCUGUGCUCUCCGGCCGCCGAUUCUUAUACGUCGUUAAUCUAGAUGCCCCUUUCGAAGGUCACCGAAAGAUCUCUCGCCAGAGCAAGUGGGACAUCGGAGCUGUGCAGUGGAAUCCUCAUGACAGCUUUGCGCACUAUUUUGCAGCUUCGAGUAACCAACGGGUUGACCUUUAUAAGUGGAAAGAUGGCAGCGGGGAAGUUGGCACUACCUUACAAGGCCACACUCGUGUAAUCAGUGACUUGGACUGGGCAGUGUUUGAGCCGGAUCUCCUGGUUACCAGCUCUGUGGACACGUACAUCUACAUUUGGGAUAUCAAAGACACAAGGAAGCCUACCGUUGCGCUGUCUGCUGUAGCGGGUGCCUCACAGGUCAAAUGGAAUAAAAAAAAUGCUAAUUACCUCGCCACCAGUCAUGAUGGGGACGUGCGGAUAUGGGACAAGCGGAAACCCAGCACCGCAGUGGAGUACCUCGCGGCCCACCUCUCCAAAAUCCAUGGCCUGGACUGGCACCCAGACAUCGAGCACAUUCUUGCUACCUCCAGCCAAGACAACUCUGUCAAGUUCUGGGACUACCGCCAGCCUCGGAAAUACCUCAGUAUUCUCCCUUGCCAGGUGCCCGUCUGGAAGGCCAGAUACACGCCUUUCAGCAAUGGACUGGUGACUGUGAUGGUUCCCCAGCUGCGGAGGGAAAAUAGUCUUCUCUUGUGGAACGUCUUUGACUUGAACACGCCAGUGCAUACCUUUGUGGGGCACGAUGAUGUGGUGCUGGAGUUCCAGUGGAGAAGACAGAAGGAGGGGUCCAAGGACUACCAACUGGUCACGUGGUCACGGGAUCAGACCUUGAGAAUGUGGCGGGUGGAUUCCCAGAUGCAGAGGCUUUGUGCAAAUGACAUAUUAGAUGGUGUUGAUGAGUUCAUUGAGAGCAUUUCUCUUCUGCCGGAACCAGAGAAGACCCUUCACACUCAAGAUACGGAUCACCAGCACAACUCGAGCCACGGGGAGGAAGAAGUCUUAAAGGAAGACCCCCCAAGCAGUAUCCUGGAAGAGAAGAAGUCCGAUCAGCUGGGACUGCCUCAGACUCUGCAGCAGGAGUUCUCCCUGAUCAACGUGCAGAUCCGGAAUGUCAACGUGGAGAUGGAUGCGGCGGACAGGAGCUGCACGGUGUCUGUGCACUGCAGCAGCCACCGCGUCAAGAUGCUGGUCAAGUUCCCCGCGCAGUAUCCCAACAACGCUGCCCCCUCGUUCCAGUUUAUCAACCCCACCACCAUCACGUCCACGAUGAAAGCCAAGCUGCUGAAGAUCCUGAAAGACACUUCCCUGCAAAAAGUGAAGCGCAACCAGAGUUGUUUGGAGCCCUGCCUGCGCCAGCUCGUCUCCUGCCUUGAGUCUUUUGUGAACCAAGAAGACAGCACUUCCAGCAACCCCUUUGCACUCCCAAACUCCGUCACUCCGCCUUUACCAACGUUUGCCCGGGUGACCACUGCCUAUGGGUCAUACCAAGAUGCCAACAUUCCCUUCCCUAGGACCUCGGGGGCCAGGUUCUGUGGAGCAGGCUAUCUGGUGUAUUUCACGCGGCCUAUGACGAUGCAUCGAGCAGUGUCUCCGACAGAACCUACUCCGAGGUCUCUGUCAGCCUUGUCUGCUUAUCAUACUGGCUUGAUUGCGCCAAUGAAGAUCCGCACAGAGGCCCCUGGGAACCUUCGUUUAUACAGUGGGAGCCCCACUCGAAGUGAGAAAGAGCAGGUCUCCAUCAGCUCCUUCUACUACAAGGAGCGGAAAUCCAGGAGAUGGAAAAGCAAGCGUGAGGGAUCGGACUCCGGCAAUCGACCCAUCAAGGCUGCUGGGAAGGUUAUCAUCCAGGACACUGCGUGCCUUCUUCCUGUUCACAAGUCACUGGGAGAACUGUACAUAUUGAAUGUGAAUGAUAUUCAAGAAACAUGUCAGAAGAAUGCCACUUCGGCCUUGCUCGUAGGAAGGAAGGACCUUGUCCAGGUUUGGUCGCUGGCUACAGUCGCUACAGAUCUUUGCCUUGGCCCGAAGUCUGACCCAGAUUUGGAAACGCCCUGGGCUCGACAUCCAUUCGGGCGACAGCUGCUGGAAUCCUUGUUGGCUCAUUACUGCCGACUCCGGGACGUCCAGACACUGGCCAUGCUGUGCAGUGUGUUUGAAGCCCAGUCUCGGCCUCAGGGAAUACCAAACCCCUUCGGACCCUUUCCCGGCCGGUCCUCUAACCUCGUGGUGUCCCACAGCCGAUAUCCUAGCUUUACUUCCUCGGGCUCCUGCUCCAGCAUGUCGGACCCAGGGCUCAACACUGGUGGCUGGAACAUAGCGGGAAGGGAGGCAGAACAUGUAUCUUCACCUUGGGGAGAGUCUUCUCCAGAAGAAAUCCGCUUUGGGAGUCUUACCUACAGUGAUCCUCGUGAGCGAGAACGUGACCAGCAUGAUAAAAAUAAAAGGCUUCUGGACCCUGCCAAUACCCAGCAAUUUGAUGACUUUAAGAAAUGCUAUGGAGAAAUCCUCUAUCGCUGGGGGCUGAGAGAGAAACGAGCUGAGGUGCUGAAGUUUGUCUCCUGUCCUCCUGAUCCUCACAAAGGGAUCGAGUUUGGCGUGUACUGCAGCCACUGUCGGAGCGAGGUCCGUGGCACGCAGUGUGCCAUCUGCAAAGGCUUCACGUUCCAGUGUGCCAUCUGCCACGUGGCGGUGCGCGGCUCGUCCAACUUCUGCCUGACCUGCGGGCACGGUGGGCACACCAGCCACAUGAUGGAGUGGUUUCGGACCCAGGAGGUGUGUCCCACCGGGUGUGGAUGCCACUGCCUGCUUGAGAGCACAUUCUGAACUUACAGACCUUGGGAGUUGUCACAAAUCCCGGAGGACCCCGUAAACGCUGGACGGCAAGUUCUCCGCCAGGAGAGAGGCUCCCGAAGCCAUUCCCAGCUAGACUGGGGCACGUUCCCCUCAGAGACUGCCACAGCCCCAGCUGCUCGUGAGCUUUUGUUUCUCUUCUGUGUGGCUGUUGAUGGCAGGGAUGUCACCGGGCAGGAGGAGAACAGAUGUGCAGAGCCGCGUAGCCAGGUGGAAAUUUCCUUGCAGAAAAGCACCUGGCUCCAGAGCCAUGUUUACCUUUAAGGUGUUAACCAUAAACCACUGAGCAGCAUCCUUUCUGAUGCCGUUUCAGACCACGGUGGGAUGCAAAGGACGGUCUCCUGAGCCGAAGGACGAUGGACAUUAACUUAGUUGACAAGUGGGCCUCUGAUGUAAAUUGGUACAUUUAACGGACUGAUGGGUAGUGGCCUUUUAAAAAUGCUAAAUUAUAAAUAUAUGAUGUACUUAAAGAGUCUAAA